AUGAGCGCCACCGAGGAAUCGCAUGUAAACGGCACGGUGGAGGGGCAACCGCCGCGCUCGGACGCACCCCCCGCCGCGGGCGCAUGCAAAGUGAAGCAGACGCGCGACUACAUCGUCCACGGGCCCAGUGCGACGCCGUACUUCACUCUCCGCCCUGCGGCCGAGGCAGCCGCCGUCCCACCGCUGCCCCGCGGGCCCGUGACCUCCACCCCGUCGCCUCCGUCUGCCCGCGCGCUGCGGGGGCGGGGGCGCGGGGCGGCGCAGGCAGCAGCGUCGCCGAGCCCAUGCAGACUGUCGCCCUUGAACGCGUCCCCGCGGGGCCCGGCGUCACCGACGUCGACGGUGUGGCGGCCGAGCUGCGCUGCGCUGAGGCAUCGCUGGCGGUUCAUCAGGAAGGAGGAAUUUGGCCUCGUGCGGCCGCCGCGGGUGACGGGGGCGAUGGUGCCGAAGCACGUGCUAGACAGCGAACACUCCGCGGUGGGGCGCGUGGUCGAGGAAUGCUCGCUUGCGCCCGGUGACCUCCCGGGCAACCGUGGCGCGCCGCAGCCGCUGGAGACCUGUCAGCCUGACGAGCGGCCCUCGCAGCGGCACCCGGGGCUGAGGAAGCGGGGGGUGCGGCGGGGGUGGCUGGAAAAGGCGCUGCAGGACGAAGACGGCGCCGGCGACGCCUCCCAUUCCAGCGAGGCGACGGCCCUGCCUCCCUCCACUGCCGCCGGUUCGGGCCUCGCGGUUGGCGACAGCGCUGGCGUGGGACGCGCCCUCCCAGCGAAGGGGGAGGGCGGCAGGGCCGUCGCCUCGCCGGGAAGGCAUGCCCGAAUUCUCUCGCCGCGGCCAGAGCCCGAGGCGGCGGCGCCGGCAACCACCUCCUCCACGGCGGCCGCCACAGUAGCAGAGGCUGGCGCCAGGAGCCCGCGUCGCCCGUCGCCCACGGCGGCACACGCGGCGCAGCGACUCCGUGACACGCUGUUGUCGGCCUCCUUUCAGCGCAUGGUCGACGACCUCGGGGACGCAAACGCGUACGGCCCGGUGGAUCGGGUGGCACUCCUCCGUCAUGCCAACAUCUUCCGUGAACUUCCACUUCAGUCGCGCUACCAAGAGAUGCACCCGCUCUAUGAGCUGCGCCCCGCCGGCCAAGAUUUCCUUCAGGUAAAAAGUCCCAAGGCCGCCGCACGUGAAGUGAACAGUCCUUUUCCCCUGUUGAAGCGGCCGUCGAGCGGGGAGGAGGCGAUGACCGCAGUGGUAGACGAAGGCAUGGCAUCCGCGGCGACGGAAGACGUGGCCAGCCUAUAA